GAUGUCAUCACACGUGGUUGUGGGGACUUCUCAGGAGUGGAGGGAGGCAUUUACAUUUCUGUGAAACUGUUGAAUGGUCGUAUUUUCUGUCAGGACUCACGAGAAGCACUCGCUUCACCAGCCGAAGACCGCAAAACUGGUUCACUGCCUAAACAACAACAAGGGAUGUUUGAGAAAGCGACAAAGAAGCUGGUCCAACAGACAGAUCCUCAUGGUGCUCUGAUUGCGGCUUCCAGUCUGAAUGAUUCAAAAAAACUCAAGCCGCUUGCGGUGGUGCUGAAAAGCCAAAAAGUUUGGUUCUGGCAGCGAACUAAGUACAGACCUACACCCUUCACUCUUCAAGACCUGCUGCUGGGGAAAGCAAUAAAACCAGUGCUUGAGGAGACAGACUUUGUGAAAUAUCAGGGAAUGUACACGGACUCUGUGAGUGGAUAUGCGAAGGUGGGUGGUGGCGGUGUCGCCAUGUCUGCUACUGGACAAGGCACGUUUAAACUCUCCUUAUCUCGUGCAUCACUUCGCAAGGAGGAUGUAAAUAUUCAAAGACUUCUGAUGGAUUCCAGAGGCAGGAAGGUGGACCUCUGCCACUCCUUGAUUCAGCAGUCAAUGAAAAGGAAAAUGGGUUUUACCCUGCUUAAAGAACGAAUCUUUACCACCUGUGAAUGCACAAUCUCCUGUACUGGACUGGAGGAGGGCAGCUGUCACGGGAUUUUGGGAAUAAGUUUUGCAGAGAUGUCCAUGAAAGGAAGCGGUAAACUCAACUCUAAGAUUGCCAUAGAGAUCCCACCAGACACUGUAAUGGCUUACAGUGUCAUUGAAAUGAGCCUCAACAGUGAUGGCUAUUUUGAUUUGUGCACUGAGCCGAGUGGGAUUGAGGAAGAUGACAUUUCUCAGAAUCCCUUUCCCGGUUACACAGAGGUGGAUGGUCUGUUGAAACAAGAGAUUCAGGAGGGGUCCCCGCUUAGUACCCUGAAGAAAGCACUUGCAGAUGCUCAGACUAGGUUUUGUUCACUGGAUGAUCUGUCUGAUGAGUGUCAUUCCUCCUUACUGAUAUUGUUGAGACAAAUUCUGUUGGAUCGAUCCGUCCUAUCAGCUUUGAUGGAUAGGCUCGAGGUGCUAAGCAGUGAUGAAGCUCCAUGCUUCUUCAAGGAUGAGUUGUCUGAGGAACAGAGCCAGAUCAUUAGUACAUUUUUAGACUUGCUGAAGUGUGAACCAUUUGACAAGGGUGGUCUCACCACAACAUCGAUGGCAUUGUCCAAUCAGAAUGGAUCUCAGCUAUCAACAGCCGAUUACAAUGACUUUCCUUUUGCAUCUGAAAUGUACGGAUCAUCACAGAAUGGUUGUCAUACAGCCGUAUUCCAUCCGAAUGGAAGUUCAUCAAAAGCAACCAAGCAAAGCACACAAGUUCUGAUUGCCAUGCAUAUGCUGAUCAGCGGUAUUGAGGAACUGACAGAUGAUGGACUGGACCUGCUAGGACAUUUCUGUACUUCUGAAGGUCUCAGAAGUCUUAAAGAUUUAACAAAUCUUCUGACUGCUAACUGCAGGCCGCUCUGCAAGGACAUCAUCCCUGUUUUCUUACAAAAGGAGGAUGAAUUCCACAGAGUGGAGGAACUUUUUAAAUCAUGCAAUGUUUUGUUAAGGAAAAAGGAUAACAUACUGUCUGCAGAAGUAAGUUCUGGAGAAGGAUUCCUCCCGCUGGUAUUGUGUAUAGCCAUACACGGUCUUGCGUCUUUAGUUAGAUUUAGUGAUGGCGGAUGUGUUAAAAUGGAGAACGUAUGAAAUGUUCCUUGUGUUAUCAGUAUGAUUGAAAUGUUAAAGAUGGAUAUAUACUUUCUUAUAAUUGUGCUAAUUUUACCUUUGUUACUUUUAUAUCAGUUUAUCUAAUAGCUAAUAUUUCUCCAACAAGGUGCAUUUUAUUAAACAUUUUUAUAUUAGAUACGCUGGCGACCAAAAGUUUGGAAUAAUGUACAGAAUUUGCUCUUAUGGAAAGAAAUUGGUACUUUUAUUCACCAAAGUGGCAUUCAGCUGAUCACAAUGUAUAGUCAGGACAUUAAUAACGUGAAAAAUUACUAUUACAAUUUGAAAAAAAAUGUCAAAUUAAACUACUUCAAAGUUCUCAUCAAAAAAUCCUCCAUGUGCAGCAAUGACAGCUUUGCAGAUCCUUGGCAUUCUAGCUGUCAGUUUGUCCAGAUACUCAGGUGACAUGUCACCCCACACUUCCUGUAGCACUUGCCAUAGAUGUGGCUGUCUUGUCGGGCACUUCUUACACACCUUACAGUCUAGCUGAUCCCACAAAAGCUCACUGGGGUUAAGAUUCAUAACACUCUUGGUCAAAUGUCUGUUUCUCUUUGCCCACUCAUACCUUUUUUUCUUUUUCAAAAGUGGCUUUUUCUUUGCAAUUCUUCCCAUAAGGCCUGCACCCCUGAAUCUUCUCUUUACUGUUGUACAUGAAACUGGUAAUGAGCGGGUAGAAUUCAAUGAAGCUGUCAGCUGAGGACAUGUGAGGCGUCUAUUUCUCAAACUAGAGACUCUGAUGUACUUAUCAUCUUGUUUAGUUGUACAUCUGGCCUUCCACGUCUCUUUCUGUCCUUGUUAGAGUCAGUUCUUUGUCUUUGAAGACUGUAGUGUACACCAUUGUAUGAAAUCUUAAGUUUUUUUGGCAAUUUCAAGCAUUGUAUAGCCUUUAUUCUUCAAAACAAUGAUUGACUGAUGAGUUUUUAGAGAAAGCUAUUUUUUUUUGUUGUUGCCAUUUUUGACCUAAUAUUGACCUUUAGACAUGCCAGUCUAUUGCAUACUGUGGCAACUCAAAAACAAACACAAAGACAAUGUUAAGCUUCAUUUAUCAAACCAAAUAGCUUUUAACUGUGUUUGAUAUAAUGGCAAGUGAUUUUCUAGUACCAAAUUAGCAAUUUAGCAUGAUUAUUCAAGGAUAAGGUGUUGGAGUGAUGGCUGCUGGAAAUGGGGCCUGUCUAGACUUGAUCAAAAUCAUCAGUAAUGUCCUGACUUUACUUUGUGAUCAGUUUAAUGCCACUUUGGUGAAUUAAAGUACCAGUUUCCUUCCAAAACAGCAAAAUCUGUACAUUAUUCCAAACUUUUGGCCACCAGUGUAAUUUAUUCAUAAAUCAUAUAUACAUAAUACCACAUUAUUUAUUCUCCCCGCUACUAUAUCAUUUUGUAUGCAUGUGCAAAAUGUGAAAAAUUUUAAUCUACACUUUUACCAAUAUUUUAAGAGGAUUUAUGUUGUUCUUAUUCACACUGAAUGCAUAAAGUAGGCCUACAAGUAAAACCUUUUUUUUUUUUUAAAGAAAACUUUGCUUUGCUAACCUGAGAGCUUUUGAAAAAACUUUCAUGUUAUCGCUAACAUAUAUCCAUUAUUUUAGUUUAUGAUAGGAUUUUACUAUAUUCAUCCCUAGGAGGAAAUUGCAGUUUAGAUUAGAUUCAUAGCAUUUAUUUUUUCUUUAUAUAUUGUUAUGCUACCGUUUAUCAGGUCUCUCCUUUUCGUAAUACUCUUAAGAAUAAUAUAAAGCUUUUUGUUAUUCUGUUUAAUUGUAAAUAUUAUAUCCAUGUUUAUUCAGUAAUCAGCUUUAUUACCUAGAGUAUGUGGCAUAAAUUCACAAGGUUCUUUAUUGAAACCAUCUGACUGAAGCCAUUUGAUCUGACUUUGUAAUUAUGCACUAUACUGUAUACUAUUGCAAUUUACCUAUAAUUUGUUACUUGUGCAGAAUAUAUAAUAGCAUGUAUAAUAAUGCAAAUACAUUAUGGAGUAUCUAUAUCAUCAGUAUCUAUAAUGUAAAUGUAUGCAUAUAUUUUUUAAACAAAAUCUUAAUAUUAAAAUGUUUUA